CCUUUAGAAUUGCCAAAAUGCUUUGGAAUUCUUAAACGAUUUGAAAACUGAAGUCUCUGAGGAUACAAAAUCAUAAGAACACAAGAAGCAGCAAGGAGGAUUCAGUGCCAAUGCAGCAACAAAGAAGACAGCCAGAGUUAGUGGAAGGAAAUCUUCCUGUUUUUGUCUUUCCUACAGAACUUAUAUUUUAUGCAGAUGACCAGUCAACACACAAGCAGGUGUUGACUCUGUAUAACCCCUAUGAGUUUGCCUUAAAAUUCAAAGUUCUUUGUACAACUCCAAACAAAUAUACGGUGGUUGAUGCUACUGGUGCAGUGAAGCCUCAGUGCUGUGUUGAUAUUGUGAUUCGUCACAGAGAUGUUCGGGCUUCUUACUAUGGUGUGAUAGAUAAAUUCCGUCUACAAGUGUCCGAGCAGAGCCAGAGGAAAGCAUUAGGGAAAAAGGAGAUUAUUGCUACUCUACUCCCAUCUGCAAAGGAACAACAACAACAAAAGGAAGAGGAGGAAAAACGAAUAAAAGAACACCUGUCUGAAAGUGUCUUUUUUGAGCAGACUUUGUGUCAACCAGGUAAAAACAGAACUGCCUCGUCGGGACCUAGUUUACUGACAGUCUUCCUAGGAAUAGUGUGUAUUGCAGCACUAAUGCUACCUACAUUGGGGGAAAUGGAAUCCCUAGUGCCUCUCUACCUCCAUUUAAGUGUGAAUCAAAAGUUAGUAGCUGCUUAUGUUCUAGGUCUCAUCACCAUGGUUAUCUUGAGAACAUGAGCAAUGAGUUAAUAGGAUGUCAAACACCUUACUGUAUAUUCACAUCAUGAAUGUGGACUGCCUUUUACUCCCAUCUGGCUCAUUAAGAUGCUAGCAAAACUGUUCAGUGAUUUAAGAUACCUUCAGAAGUGUAAUAUAUUUUAACGAUGUAUAAUAAAUGAAAGACUCAAAGCACUUUUCGGUGCUUCUGUAACAGACAGCUAUGAAAUGUUCAGUGAUACCUGUGAAAAAUAAUUUGAAAAACUUUUAUAUCUACGCCUACUGUAAAAAAUCCUUAUUAAAGCAACAUUUGUUAUUUUUAGUCUAUGUUCACAUCAGUGCGUGAUCACUAUAAAAGCAAACUGUCUCAUGUAAAAUGUUCGUUUGGUGUGUGGCUGUAUGUGCCGAGGCUGGUGCAUAACACUUCUGUAUAUGUACCAGAAGGCUGGGAGUCGUGACUAAUCCUUGAAGAAAAUGAAAACUUCCAUCAGUGAAACUAUGAAAUAAACCAUGGAUUUCAGGUGAAGAGGUAA